AUGACAAAUUCAAGAUCUUACUAUUUGGAUGAGAAUUUUGCAAAAGUUUUUGCAGAAACCAAUUAUGCUUUGAAACAUUUGGAAUAUUGUGGACCGACUACAUUCAUAACUAGCGAGUUUGUUACUCACACGCCCAAUUUGGAAAUUAUUAGAAUUGAAAGUCGUAAUUUCAUUAGUGACGUUGGAGAUUGUGUUGCUAAUUGGAAAAAUCUUCAAGUUUUGGAUUGUAAAUUUGAUAGAAACCAUUUUGGACACGAGAAGAAGGCAAAUGCAUAUAUUUUCUUUACAGCACUUAACACAAUACAGACAUUACACACUCUGAAACUUGAGGGUUAUGCAAUAUCUGGAGAGGAAUUCUUAGGCCUCAAAAAUAAUCAUACUAUUCAAGUUUUGAAUCUGAGUAGGGCGACAAUGAGCGAAGACGUUUUCAAUACGAUCAGUACUUUCUCCAAUCUUAAACAUCUUUAUGCUGAUUCAAUCAUUGGUAACUCAUUAAAUUCUCUUGGAAAAUUGGCUAAUUUAUCAAAGCUGGAAAUUUUGGAUUUGAAACAAAACACAGCUUUUGGUGAUGCUGGUUGCGCCAUGAUUGGAAAUGUGAAAUCUUUGAGAAAGCUCUAUGUAAUGAAUUUAGGAGAGGAUCAAAUUCAUGACAAGGGGGUAACCGAGUUGAGUUCUUUAACUAAUUUGGAAGAAUUGGAUGUAAGAUUUUGUGAUAUUACUAAUAAGGGACUUGUUACUAUUGCCAAAGCAUGUUCAAAGUUGCAAACAAUUCAUGUUGGUGGCUGUUCAAAGGUUGAUGUCAAUUCUCUCCCUCUGGAAUUGAGACUGAAAACAAGAAAAUAA